UUACCAGUAGUUUGGUGUACAAAUAUGUAUUGGCCAACUAGGCCUACUUGAAUAUGGGAAGUGUGUACUUUUGAUACCUCUGUUCAGAAUCCACUGUCUAAGGGCAUGGUAAAUGCAGUCUGGCUAGAUGUGGAAAAGUUCGCUUCCGGGUAGCGAACCUUCGAAAUCUAAAAACUACAACCCCCACAGUCCCCGGGUCCUCGUGGAGUUCCGGGUUGGACCUUCUGACCUGGAGCGGUCGGGUCCACUCCGCAUCCUGAUCUCUGAGAGGGUCUGAAGAACCUCCCUGGGCGAGGUGGAUGGAUGUAGUGUCGUCCGUCGGACGCUGUGUUCUAUGAUGCCCCUGGACGUGAGAUGGCCGUUCCCACAGUGCCCUCCUCUGGGCUGGAGGAUCUCUGGCUCGCUGAUUAUGGGCAUGGUGGGGUCGUACUCCUACUUCUGGACAAGUAUGUUUUCCUCACACACACACACACACACACACACACACACACACACACACACUGAGAAAGGAAAGGGUGCUCAUUGUUCCCAACGUCUUCUUGUAGAGUACAUGAACUACCUGACGGUCCAUAACGGAGAAGCUCUGUUAGACCUGGUGGACCAGCGGCCCGCGGGCACACCCCUGAUCACACUGUCCAAUCACCAGUCCUGUAUGGACGACCCACACAUCUGGGGCCUGCUGCGGCCAAGGCAGCUAUGGAACUUCAGGAAGAUGCGAUGGACUCCAGCAGCAUCAGACAUCUGUUUCACUAAAGAGCUCCACUCCCGAUUCUUCAGUCGUGGCAAGUGUGUUCCUGUGUGUCGAGGGGAUGGAGUUUACCAGAAGGGCAUGGAUUUCAUCCUGGAACGCCUGAAUAAAGGGGAAUGGGUGCACAUCUUCCCAGAGGGUGUGGGUCGGCUGAUAGCAGAGUGCUCCGUUAACCCCAUCAUAUUACCUCUGUGGCACGUCGGUAUGAGUGACGUUCUGCCAAAUGUGGCACCAUACAUCCCUCUGACCGGGAAGAAGAUCACGGUGCUGGUGGGGAAGGCUUUCAGUGUGGGAGACCUUCUGGAGACGCUUAGGGCAGAAAACCAGAGCCAGUUGGUGAUGCGAAAGGUCCUGACUGAUUUCAUCCAGGGGGAGUUCCACAGUCUGAAAGCCCAGGCCGAGGCGCUCCAUGGGCAAAUACAGACCAGAUCUUAGGACCCCUCCUUGAGGAGCACGCUGCACGGCCUUGGGGAGACCAGAUGAAGACCAGUGAGCACACUGAGGCUGAUGCAGGCCUCCCUCCUCAGAUCAAACACUGGUACCUGGUGCCUCUAUGGACCAUAGGCUUGGUUCACCGCCAGGCGACCAAGCCAUGCAGAACAAUUACUACUCAGGAAGUUUGGAAGUGCUAGUACCACAUUUGAUUACGACGUUUACCGCUACCUGGGACAUGCCUACCAGGUGCAUGCCUACCAGGUACAUGCCUACCAGGUACAUGCCUACCAGGUACAUGCCUACCAGGUACAUGCCUACCAGGUACAUGCCUACCAGGUACUUGCCUACCAGGUACUUGCCUACCAGGUAGCCACCUGGCCAUCUUCAAGGAGAUCUUUUAUAUAUAAACUGUACAUUUUUUGCAAUAUGGUUCAUUUUGCAAAUCAGUUGAUAAACAAUACUUUCUGAGUAGCAGUUCUGAUGUUUUUUAUUAUUAUUAUAUAUUAUUAUAUUCAAAAUAAUUGAUUGGAAAAAAUGUACAUGAUUCAUUUUCUUCACACCAGUCAAUAUUGUAACAACUACGUGAAUUGCUUCAUUAUAAUUGCUGGAAAAGAAGAUGGUUAGUUGUGUUUAAACUUGAAGCAUGUGUAGGGUUACCUCUUGCGUCACAUGACGUUUCUUACUGGGCUGCUGUUUGCCUGCACCCUUAGUGAGAUGUAUUCAAUCACACAAGGGAAUGACGGCUUUAUUUAAUGAUGAACUGAAGAGAAGUCCAUACGUUGAGAAAGAAUGUAAGGAUGGUGUUUUGAAAGAUGUAGUGAUGAACAUACUCUGAAGGGGGUCAUUAAAUUACUUGUGGUAUUUUCUCAUGCUAUCUUCUCAUGCUAUCUCGUCUGGCAGCUGAAUCAACCACACACAAUCUAGUAUCUCAAUUAUUGCUGGACAGUAUCCAUCUGUUUGGUCAACAAAAGUUGUAGUAAACCAAACGGUAACAAUACCAUCUCCUUUUAGAUAUGUGUUGUGCACCCCUUUUGAAUAGAUUUGUUGACCCCUAUAUUGUAGUGCUUUCCCUAGUUAGAGCUAGGGUCUGGGGUACUUGACCAACAUAUUGCCUUAUUAUUGCCACACUAAAUACAUUUGCCAAUAAAGAAUUUGACCAGA